CUCCUCUCUGGCAGCGGGAGGCUGCGCGGCGCCGGGCUCUCCAAGAUGGCGGCGGGGCCUCCUCCUCCCUCCGCCUCUGAGGCCUACCGGCCCAACCGCUUCGUCUCUUUACCGGCCGAGCUCGACCCCAACACUUACGACUCGUCGCUGGAGAAGCGCGCUGCCGAUGCCGAGCGCUUGGCUAUCCGCGCCCGGCUCAAGCGGCAGUAUCAGCUGCAGCUUAACAAUCCCAACCCGCCGGCCAUCAUCGAAAAUCCUGCCUUGGUCCGCUGGGCCUAUGCUAGGACGCAGAACGUCUACCCUACUUUCCGCCCGACCCCUAAGACGUCCUUUCUAGGAGCUCUUUUUGCGAUAGGCCCCCUCGUCUUCUGGAUUGUUGCCUUCAAAGCUGACAGGGAUCGUAAAGAGAAGCUUAUCCAAGAAGGUAAAUACGAGCGACCAUUCAGUGUAUUUUAAGUUCCUAGAAUUGCAGCGCUGUUCAUGGGAUAUAAAUAAAAUAAGAUGUAUUGUGUGCUGACGUUUCUCCUUCGUAAGAAUAAAUCUUUAUAGCUU